AUGAAUCUUGAUCACCUUCAAGAAGUCAUCCAGGAGUACACAAAAGCCCCACCGACAUCAAUUGAUGGAUCAAUGGUAACGUUAACAUAUGCAUCUACAUUAUUAAAACUUAGGAAACAGUUACACUCAAUUCUUACUAAUACUUUUCACGAAAGAUUCGCAGAUUUAGCAUCAGUUGUAACAGAUUACAAACCAUACGCCAUUUUAGCAAAACAUUUAGCAACUCAUAACGAAAUAGAAUCAGAGGACAUCAGGAAAUUCCUCACAUCACAACAGAUUGUUGCUUGUACAUUAUCAUUACAACAACAAUUAGGUCCAGAAAUAGAAUCAAAAGAUUUUCAAGAAGCCUGUGACUUACAAAUAGCCGCUUCUGAUGUUUCCACACAAUUAUCCGAAAUAUGUACCAAAUGCGUUGAAAUGUUCGCACCAAACAUGUGUGCUCUCGUUGGUCCUGAAAUUUCUGCGAUUUUAAUUACACAUGCAGGUGGUUUGAAGCAAUUAUCACAAAUACCAUCAUGCAAUAUCAAAACUUUCGGAUCAAAUAAAUCAGCUUUACUUGGUUUUUCUUCACGAAAUAUUGGAAAUCACCAAGGAAUCAUUUAUACAUCAGAACUUGUACAGCAAACAGAUCCAGAAUACAGAGAUUCCAUAUUUAGGAACCUUGCCGAUAAAGUUGCUCUUUGCUGUCGUGUAGAUGCAUCAAAAGGAAAUCCAGAUGGAUCUUUUGGAGAAAAAUCAUUGUUCGAAAUCAAAGAAAAACUCGAUAAAAAGAUCAAUAACUUCACACCAAAAUACGUCAGACCAAUCCCUCCUCCAGAAAUCGUUUCAAAGAAGACAAGAGGUGGAAGACAAGCAAGGGCAAGAAAGAAGAAAUUCGGAUUGAACGAAGAACUUGAGAAAAGACAAAAAGUUGCGUUUGGUGUGGGCGGCCAAUUCGGUGAACAAGGUGAAGUAUACGGUGUUGCUGCAUUUCAGAAACUCGUAAAAGAGAAACCAAAGACAGAUGAGCCAUUCCAGAAGAUGAUUGAAAAGAAAUUGAAACAAUUGGAUGAAAAAAGAAAAUGA